CGCAAAAAUUCCUCCUUUCUCCAACUCAUGUUUAUAGUGAGACUGUUACACAGUGUAGAUAUAUUUCCGGUCAAGUGUUUUCUUGGGAAUCUGAAGUUCAAGCUAGAGGUAUCAUUCAAAGGGAUCAAGGUACAGCAAGAUUCAAGAUAACAAGUCGUGCUGCGUCAUCGUUCGAAAGAAACCAACGGUGCCGGCUUCUUAUUCUACCGGUCGAUGUUGAAGUUGUUCAAGAUCUCACGGGUUACUGCAGAACUUAUUUUAUCUACAAACAUGUUCCAUGCUGAGCUGUAACAAGUACAAGCAAGUUGUGGCGGGAUCAACGUAGUAAAAGUUCGCGAAAUAACUCGUCGAUAAUUCAUUGCGUCACUGUUCGGUCCAUAGGAAACCACUGCUGCACUGCAGUUAAUUGAUCAAUUGCACAGAGACUUUGAUCACAAAUUGUGCAACUUCAGAAAAAGAGUCUUUAAAUUAGAAAAUUGGAGAUCUCUGCCGAAUAUCGGAAAAGGAGUUCUGGAGGGAUCUUUUUCAACAUCGGAUUUCAUACAAAGCACGCAUCGUUAUAAUUAUGACUCACAGCCUCAAUUACUCUGAGCAACAAGCACUUCUUGGCUCAAACAACAUCCAAGGAAAACAUUUUCGAAGCCCUUAUUAUAGCGGUGUAAUGCUUGAACAGCCUCUUAAUGCAAGUGAUGUAGACACUACUACAAGUGUAGGCGUGUUUAAGUCUCGCUCAGUGGUCCAACAACCAAGCGAAGAUUUCUUUCACGAGGGUAUACCGAUAUGGAGGGCUGCUUUGCUUGUGGUAAAUGCAGCUCUUGGUGCUGGUAUUUUGAACUUUCCUCAAGCGUAUGCCGAAUGCGGUGGUAUUGCUACUGCUAUUGUCAUUCAAAUGGUAUGUUUACGUUUCAACCUGUAGUGAAAAUGCUACAGCAGUGAGCUUGGAUUAAAGUAUGUCUUUUCUGCCCCCAACUUAAAUUUUUUUUUUCUAGUGGGAUUAAGGAAUUAUUUUCAAUGGUUCAUUGAAAGUAAUGUGUUGCGAACUAGGAGGUGGCAUAUUCAACAAGUGGUGAAACGGUUUGUUACCCCCUCCCGUGACUUAUCAUCCUUUUGACCAAAUUUUAGAAAUUUUUUUUUUUUUGAAUAAUAGAAAAACUAUAAUAUUGGAGGUCUGUCCUCACCCAAAAUUAGUGACCCACCAGUUUAUCUGUUUUGGCAGUGCUGAGCUCACUAUUCACAUGUUUUGCAAAGACAAAAUAGCUGAAUUAAUAAUUGCUGCCUCAAAAAAAAAAAAACCACCUCGACUAACGGUCACUUCUCCACAAUUGGCCACUUCUCUACAGCGGCUGCGUUCUUUUGUCCCUAUAAAACUCACUUGAAGAAAGUCAACUGUUGUUUGAAGGGAGCUCAAACUCAGUGUCACAGAGCUCUAGGCUUCUAUAUUAAUUGAUUGGCCUGUCAUUUUAUGCCAACCCAUAGAACAUUAAUUUGUUUUUCCAGAGUUGCUUUUCAACCUUGGUUGCUUUUAAUUAUUCAGUGUUCCAUUUAGACGCAUUAGUUUUGUGUGACAGUUUUCAAAAAAAGUUGCGUCUGAUAGCGUAAGGCAAGUGGAUCUUCGUAUCUGGCAAGUAUAUUCUGUUCUUAACUUGCCUGUUGUGUAGAUUAUUGGGGAAUUCAAAUUACAGCUGAAGACUCUACUUGUAAUUUUUUAGGCUAGCUGAAAUAACUCUUGGGAUAGUACAUGUUCAACUGACUUUCUUUGCACCCUGUAUGCUUGGUACAGAGUCGAAGUAAGAUAAACAUACUUAAAUGGAUGCGUUGAGUAAAUUUGUCACCGAAACACAAUGCCUAGGACAUUUGCCAGAAGUGUAGGUAGUAACCCGUUUGCUCAGGCUAGUACAUGUACAACAGACUUUCUUUGCACCCUGUUUGGUGCAGAGUCUAAGUAACAUUAUUAAUAAACAUUCUUACAUGUAAGUGGAUGCACCAUAAAUUUGUUGCUGAAACACAAAGCCCUAGGGUAUUCCCAGAAUUGUAGGUAGUAGCCUGUUUGCUUGGGCAACUCUUGUUCUGUCAAACCUCAACCACAAAUUAGGUGAUGUGUCAACAGCUAUCAGCUGUACACUAGACUAAAGUGCAUAUGUCCCCAAUAACCCACGAGUUCAUGACUACUCUUGAAGGCAGGUUUUACAAGAUUUCUUCUUACUGUUAUAGUUAUUUUGAUUUUUACAUUCAAGCAACAUGCCAUCUAGUAAUGUGAUCAGCAUGCACUAAACAAAAAGAAACAAAGUUCAAACCUGGGUUGAUGAACGUCUCUACAAUUAGCAAGUUCAAAUGUCCAACAAAGUCCAAAGAUCUCCUUUAAUUUAAGGGAUCUGUUCAUUCAUGAUGAAGUGCAAAGUAUAAAAGGGAUUAGCUUUAAAGUAGUCAGCAUCUUGUCCCAGGACUUUUGCUUUGAUGAGCAAGAUUGAUUACAGUUUUUCUGUAAUUGAAUUCUGCCAAAAACUAUACUUGCCUAUUGGGCAAGUUAAGAACAAAAUUAACUAGCCUGAUAUAGCAAAAUACACUAGUCCUCAGAAUGCAAAGAAAGUCAGUUUUACAGCUUGCCAUUCUGGCAAGCUGCAGCUAGCAUGUAUUAGCCGAAGAGUAGUUUUAAUUGGCCUGAAUUUUUUUUUUGAUGAGCAGGAUUCAUUACAAUUUUCUGAAAAAAAUUCAUUUGCCUGUUGGGCAAGUUAUAACCUGAGAUCAGGCUCUAUUUUCGUUUCGCUUUGAAAAUUACAUUCCGGCGGGCAAGACACGGUAGCCGUUAGAGAGAAUGUAUGAGAACCACUCAAAUUGGGCCUGAUCUCAGGUUAGGCAAGUUAAGAACAGAGAAUUCACUAGCCUUAUAGCAAAAUCCACUAGCCCCAAGCAAUCGGACAAUUGCAGGCCGUACAGGUCAAGUAAGUUGCAUUUUUAAACAAUGUUAUAAUAAUAUAUAUUAAUUUUUAUUAUAUUGUUUUGUAUUCUACAGAGUUUACUUGUAUUUAUCACUGGGGCCUUCCUUAUCUUAGCUUACUGUGCUGACAAACAUGGAUCUCAAAAUUUUCAAGAAGUUAUCCGAGAGGUUUUGGGACCAGGAGCAUACAUUGUUACACAGAUUUUCGUACUUUUAUACAUGUUUGGUUCUACAAUUGCUUAUAUGAUUCUAAUUGGUGACCAGCUGCAAAGUGGUAUGUCAAUCAUCUUUCUCUUUUAAUUACUUAAAUAUUUUUAAUCAGUGUGUUUAUAAAGCACUUGCCACUCAGUUUUUAAUGGCAUACUUGUGCAUACCGUAAAAUUCCGAAAAUGAGCCCCAGGGCUUGUAUUUUUCAAAGACCCUUUUCGAGGGGCUUAUCUACGGAGGGAAAUUUUAGUUUCAAAAUAUUAUUGAUUGGGCUAGCCUUAUAGUUGGAAGUAAAUUUACUGUUUUUGCUUUGUUUUACUUUGUAUUUGAGGGCAGUUUUCCAAAAUACAAGCCCCCAGGGGCUUAUAAUUGGAGGGGCGAUUUAACGGAGGGUUUUUUGCGUUACGAGUUUGGGGGGCUUACAUUUGGAGGGGCUUAUACAUGGAGGGGCUUAUUUUCGGAAUUUUACGGUAUAUUAACACCAAAAAGAGAGUUGAUACAAUAUGACAGUCCUACAUGCAUAGCAGCUGUGUUUUGGAUAGAACUGUUGAUAUUGUAGUCAAAAAUAAUGGUGUUACAAAAACUGUUUUGAUGACAACUUCUCAAACAAAUUGAUUUCUAAGGAUCAAGAUAUUGCUACUGCUAUGCAAGCAUUUGAAAAUGAAGAUUUUAUUAACCGAAUGUCACAAUAGAGAGAUUUAAAGUGACUUUUAUGGCAAACGGCUUCAUCAGAUUCAAGUUGAGAAAUUCUCAAAAAUAGAAAAAAUUAAUGUGCAGCUAAAGUCAAACCUAACAUGAAGCUACUCAUUUGGGGAUAGAAGUAAUUAACAGUAAACCACAUCAAGUAAAGGGAAAACUUGGUUGGGUUGGUACAAAUUCACGUUUGCCAUUUCACAUAAACGUCACUUUAAAUCUCUCUAAUCAAUCACAUUUUAGGAUUUCCUUUAUGUUUAUAUUAGUUUUGUAAUGUUGACAAUAAGUGACAAAUGUUUUGGUUAUGUGAUUUGAGUAGAGUUUCUUCUUAACCAUCCUGAAAUAAUGAAUAUUGAUUUUUGCCAUAUAGCAGUUAAAACUCAAAUCCUAUGAUGGAUCAUCAUUGUUCAGAAGGGAGUUCAUUGCUCAUCUCUGUCUUCUUUCCUUCUCUCUUCAGUUGGUAAAGCUAUUGACAGUGAACCUCCUUGGUAUCUAAGCCGAAUUUUCCUCAUGUGUGCUGUUUGUAUCAUAUUUCUGUUACCAUUAUGUCUCCCAAAGACCUUAAAAGUUCUCAGUUAUUCAAGGUAUGCAGAACCCAAUGUCAGUACAACAAUGGAAAAAAUAAAUUAUGUAAAUAAAAUGUACGAGAGACACCAUUACAUUUCUUUCAUUGCUAAAAAUGUACUUUAAGCCAGCCAGCUAUUCUCCGAUAGUAAUGCAUAACUUAUUAGGACGUCAAUGACAGGAAGCAAGAUCAUGUUAUUUAUUUACCUUACUACCAGCUUCUCUGGACACAGGCCUACCCAGAGGGAAUGUGCACGAACAGGACUCAGGUCCCAUGCAAGGUGCCAUCCAUACCCAAUCCCACAACCUGUAAAGGUUGACCACACCACCAGGGUCUACGACCCCUACUCUUUUUGAAUAGUGAUAUGCGUUCUUUUACAUCCCACAAGAACAAAUCAUGGUUUUUUGUCCCUACCCGAGAAGACUAGAAAGUGUUAACCAUUUGCAGAUGUCAUUACAAAGGCGGCACAUUUUUCUCAGUUAUUUAAAAACCCUCUGUGUUGGUCCGGCUGGGGUUUUAACCUGCGACCUCCCACGCAGCAGACUGGCACUCUCCCAACCAAGCUAACUAGGCAGCAAUUAAUUAUUAACUUUAAAAUAGAAUAUAAUUGCAAUAAUUAUUGUAUUAUUUUUGGUAGACACUAGUUUGCUGGUCAAGAAUCCUUUUUCUGAGACCUUUCAUUUCUGAUACACUUCUCUUCGAAAAUAAGUACAUCGUCACAGAUUGAUUUAUCACACUGAAAUCACUGAAAAUGCCGUCAUCAUCAUUGUCAUCAUCAUCUGUUUCUGCACCACAAAACACUAGUCUUCUUGGAGAAAAUACUGUACAUGAACUUAUUAGAGGUGCAUGAGAAAAAAUAAGUUUGGGCACUCGCAUUCCUGGGAUCUCAAAGCCAGUAAAUUAAAAAGCUCUCAGGUUUACUUCAUUAAUUAUUAUGAUAAAACAAUCUAUAAAGGUCACUUUAGUUUUUGUAAAACCUUUAAAAAUUUGUCUUAAAAAAUGUUGUGCGACUAUGAUGUCACACUAGCCUCCCACGCAGGCGUUUUUAGGGGAGCUCCUUUUUCAUCCCUCCCCACAAACGCCUGCUCAACCGAAGACAACAUUCCUUUCCCAUGCUUAGCCAAUCACAUUGUACUUUCCAAAUUCUGGAAAGUUGACCUUGACCGCAAGGUAAUCUGAUAAUUACUUGAUCUGCAUGAAACACUGGAAAAUUUUCUAACCUCCAAUAAGUGUUAGAUUCAGAGCGGCAAAAAUAAGAUUUGAUCAAAUUUUAGAAUACUCCAUGCACUUCAUAACCUUAACGAAGGAAAGUAAAGAAGGAAAACGGUAACUGUAGGGUCACGUUUUAGUCACGUUUAGCCUGUCAACACUUUAUUGCACAACUGUUUAUUGGUCACUUACCACGCAAAUAAAACAAUGGGAAAGGAAUGUUGUUUCCGGCUGAGCAGGCGUUUGUGGGGAGGGAUGACAAACGAGCUCCCCUAAAAACGCCUGCGUGGGAGGCUAAAGUCACACAUGCACACUGCGUGUACAUUGUAAGAAAGUUCAUCAUUUAAAGUACACAAGUACCAUGUGCAGUAUUAAUUUAGAAUUAAUAUGCCUGUUUUUCUUUCUUUCUUUCUUCCUUUUUUUAGUGCCCUUGGAACAAUUGGAGCUAUUUUCAUUUGCGUAGUAACCGCCACAAAGUAUUUUCAGGGAAAUUAUACUGUUAAAACAGAGUUUGUUCAGUAAGUGCUUUUGACUAAAAUGCUAAUUAACACAAACACACACUGUAUGUUCAGUAUAUUGCACACCAUUGCAUAGGGAAAAGCUCUUAGUCCUUCGGUGUGAUUAACUUGUACAGUUUCAGAUUUUAUAGUACAGUUGUAGAUUUGAAAAGUACAAUGUAGAAGGCAGUUCAUCUCAUAAAAAUGGAAAAUAAUCUUCUUUUUUUUUCGGGCAGAGGGUGGGGGUGGGGUGGUUUUUACUGCUUUCAAGCAUAAGUUUGUCAGACUGACUCAUUCUAACCACUUAAUCUUAAGAGGACAGAGGUCAGACAUGAUGCCUGGACGUAAUUAAAUACAGUCAAACUCCGAUUUACAGACACCCACUUAAUAUGGACACCUUAUUAUUAUGGACAGUUUACUUUGUCCUGGGGAAGAGAAAGCCCUUACAUUUUUUCUAAAUUCAACCCGCUCAAUAUGGACACCUUGUUAAUGUGGACACUUUCUAUGACCCCCUCAGUGUCCAUAUUAGUGGGGUAAGGCUGUACUAUCAUUAAUUUUUGAAGCUGUAUUUUUACAUAAAUAAAAGUCAAUAUGUUAAUGUGUCCCUCCCUUCUGCCCAACUGAAAUGGUGACCUGGUUUGACAACUCCAGUUUACGGAAGAAAGUUAUUUGAAACCCUAUUAUCCAGCGAAAACAGCUGACGUUUCAUCAUGCCUGGUUUCCCCACAAAAUGAUGUCUGUGCAAUGACUACUGAAAUUUCAUACUGAUGAUUUAAUAUCAACUUUGCACCUGUGCGCAUACCUCUAAUCAGUGUACUGUUGUUGCUGUAUUGUAGAGUGAAGUUACCAUGGACAGAAGCUUUUAGUGCUGUGCCAAUUAUUUGCUUUGGUUUUCAGGUUUGCACUAGUCUUGCUAUUUAUAACCAUAAGACUUUUUUGUUCACAGGAAAACAACUACAGCUGUACACUGUAGACUUUUAAACACCUGCCAGCAAGUUGUACCUGAAAAUUUGUGGUGGCUUAUCUGCAAGAAAUAAUAUUAUUUUCUAACUUUCCAUGAAUCAACCCAAAACAUCAGGCCAAAAUUUAAUUUUCACCAAGCAAGCAAAUGACACGCUAUCUUUAAGUAAUCUUGUCUGCUGUUUCUCAGAGCAUGACUUUGACAGCAAAUAUAUGUGAAUCAAAAAAUAAAUCUCAACCUACAUUUUAUCUUCAACAUUACAUAUCACAUCAGUUCUGUGAGUAGAGCUUGCGUUGAAGUUAGUUAACCAUGUAUUUGAUGGCUCUGUGAUGUUGCGUUUUUGUGUCAAACAUAUUACAUCAUGUUUACAACAAAUAUAAAAUCAUGCAGAUAAUUUAUGAUAAUUAUUUUCUUCCAGUGUCAUGUACCAUCAAUAGCUGUUUAUGCAGAACUCAAGAGAGCAAGUGUGCCCAGAUUUGGAAUAGUCGUUGUCAUUGCCAUGGCAAUUUGUGCUGCGGCUUAUGCCAUCACAGGAUCUUUUGGCUACCUUACCUUUGGCACCAAAGUUAAAAGUGAUGUUCUGCUAAAUUAUCACCCUAACGAUGUUUUGGUGAAUUGUGCAAGGGUGACAUUAUCAAUAAUAGUCUUAUCCACUGGUGCUGUGGUUGUUUUCUGUGGAAGGUAUAGUGUAGCACUAUAUUAAGAACCACAAAUUUUACUUUUUAUUUUAUUUUUAUUUUUUAUCAUUAUUAUUUUUUUUUUCUGGAAAGGUCUCUGAACUCCCCCAAUGAAUUAGGGACAGUCUCCCCCUCACACAGAUGUGUGGUGUGAAAGAGCAAGAGCUCUUUGUGAAUUCAUGCAGUCCUCGCAAUGAAAUUUAUUGGUCAGACAUGUCCUAUUUGCUAAAACUAAGAACUAGCUGAAAAUAUUAAAUGUUAAAACCGUGAAACCAAAAACCACUUUAUGAUGACUGCUUUAAUAAUAAUUUAUUAUACUAAUUCAAGGACAAAGACAGACCAGAGGACAGACAGGGAGCAGUAUACAAGAUCAAAUGCUGCGACUGCCAGGCCACUUUAUAAUGUACAUCGGUGAGACUGGCAGAAACCUUAGCACACAACUGACUGAACGCAAACUAGCGACAAGAAAUGGUGAUGUCAACAAUCACAUUGCUGAACACCAUUUACAAACAAAACAUCAAAUCGACUGGGACACCGUGACAUGCAGAACAUAUUCUACAGAAUACUAUCAACGACUCACCUUAGAAAGCUGGUUUACUAACUUAGAACAAACGCCUCUGAAUCACAGUCCACAAUUACCAUGAAGCACCAUACAAACGACUUAUUGACACACUCAAACAAAACUGACAAUGGUAGAGUUCCUGAUAACCGACAAUUUGACUAACAAUAAAAUGAUCAAGACGACUGUUCAGCUGUGACAAAAAGACGGAUCAAAACACACUAUUGAUAUUUGAGAGUCUUCAUAGCCAAUAACAUCACGGCUUAACUGACAGACGACCAAUAACAUCGCAACUUAAUUUGACCAAUGAGGUCAAUAACCAGAGUUUGAUACCAUCAACUGACGUGAUAUAACUCACUUUGACUGUGAAGAUGACUACCGCACAGGUUGUCGAAACAUCAGUCACUGUCAACAACUGCAUGCCCUAUUCAGGACUACAUUCAACCGCAUGAUCAUUCUCAACCUACUGGGUACUUAAUAUUAAUUUAAAGUUAGGAGUUUUAUGCAGUAUGAAAAAAAACCUUAAUUUUCUUUUUGUACUUCUACUGUGGUUAUCCCAAAAAUUAUACAUUUAAUUCUUCAUCCAGCAGUUCUGGUAAACGUUUUUGAAUUUCAGUUGUGUAUUCAUUAUCAUCUAACACAGCAUUAUACAUGUAAGACAAUUAAUAUUGUCUCCUGCCUGUAGCCUACUAGCUUUUAGAAACUAAGACACUUGACCUUAACUUUCAUUAGGUAUUGCAGGAAGAGUAUAAUAUUAUAAAAUAUGCUAAUCACUGUAAUGCAUUUCAUGACUGUUUUGUAGGAGCUGCCUGGAGGGCUUGUAUCUAUCAUUCUUUAGGAUGCCUCCUGCAUUAGCUGAAGUACAUGAAAGACAACGAAGGAUCAUACAGACAAUAGUGUGGUUUAGUCUUUCCCUCAUUGUUUCUGUAUUUGUUAAAGACAUAGGAUAUGCUGUAGCCCUCAUCGGGGGAUUAGCUGCACUCUUUAUCUUUUUCUUUCCAGGUAGGUUGUCAGAAAUUAACCCUUUAAGCCCCAGUAUCCACAUACAAGUUCUCCAAACUGAUCUCCAUACAUUUCCUUAAAGAAUGAGUCGAGAGAAUUUGACAAAAGAUCAAGGCAUUUUUUCUUGGGUGAUCACUUUAUUAAUUCUUAUAACUUAUCUGUUGACAGUGUGUGGUUAUUGUUAGGAGAAAAUUGAUCUUGGUCACUACUGGCACCUAAAGGGUUAAGCCCCGUGCAAAUGGACACAACAUUGUUGGAUGUUACAUGUUGUGUCCAUUUGCUCAUGCUGUUGUAUGUUGUUGCAUGUUGUUGGGAAGAAACUUGUCAAACAUUUGAGCCAUUGACUCCCAACAUUUCAAUAAAUUUAAUAUUAUUAUUGCACAUUUUAUGUAUACAUAUGGUUGACAAAGUCUUAUGGGUUGUAUCCUUCCCGUGGUGCACUGCAGGUCACAACAUUGUUUGGUUACUUUCGUAGGACACAAAAGCAAAAUAGAGCCAAAAGGUCCUCCUAGUUGUUGAAACCUUACCUAACUGAAAAUGUUUCUGAGAGCCCUGCUUAUGAGAUCCCAUGAAAUUUUUCAACUUCCUUGUAAAAAGAAAUUUUAUUAGUUAAAUCUUUAUUACCAUACAUACAUGAAAUUGCCCAUGAAAUUACUCAUGAAUUUCUUUCACUCAGACUGCAACCCACACUGUAUGUAGCUAGCAAUCUUUCGUUAAUACUAUGACACAAUGUUAUUUGCAGUAGUAAAAAGCUAAAUCUGGUAAAUUUGAUACCAACAAGUAUGCCGCUGACAAUAUUUCUUCUGACAAAUGCACAACCAUGCUUGCAAAGAAUUUGUUCCCAUCUAUUUGAUUUCUGAUGUAAUAACAAGUUGAUGAAAAUUUGUUCCUAUUUAUAUUCACAACUAAGAGACGGGAAUGGGUGUGCAGCUUGAACUGUGGAGCCUGAGUGUUUGAUGCCAUCCAAAUAACAUACAAAGUUCAACAUCAUAACUAAAGAAUGGUAUACAAAUAUUCCUAAAUAAAGUCACUCGAGGCUGAAUUAUUCAUGUACGCCACCUGAUACGAAAACCCAAUGGGAAAAAAUUGGGACGUGUUCCCUAACUGAUGCAGUCGCACAACCUCUGGGGGUUAAAGGAAAAAAUCAAUUGAUAGAUGAAUAAAGUAAGAUAUAAAAAUAAAAGUCGAUAGUUUGAGAGCUGAGAUGAAUACAUUACAACUGUCAAAACCUUAUAUACCUAAUAACAAUAGAGUAAAUUAAUACCAUAGCAGCUCACGUGUGUUCAUACCAAUAGGAAAGUAUUUACAUUCUCUGUCACUGCCACUAGAUUUAGCUCCGCCAAAUGUAAAUACAUUUCCUAGGAGCAUUCACUUGAAAAUUAAACUCCUGCAUUUUUUUAUUCCUAGGAAUCUGUCUUGUGCAGGAGAUGCUCCAAUAUCCUGUUCUGUCCACCACCAAGAAGCUCCUGAUAGCCCUCGGUCUUUUCUAUGUGGUCUUGGGAGUGUUCAUAUUUGCUGACUCUGAAGUUUUUGCAAUAAUGAAGGAUAUCACAGGAAAAGGGUUGUACUGAUCAUGAGACGGAUUGUAAGAACAGCAUUCUCAACUGUAUUCAAGUCCACCAGCAGAUAACUGGGUUUUUCAUGAGUUUUAUGUGACACGUCCAGCCUGGCACCUACUCGUGUAUGCUGUGCCUGAUCUCUACAUUGCCAGGACCUAAUGCCGAUAAAAACUUAAAUUUCUUUAGUAACCUCUUCUUUGAUAAUUAGCCUUCUAUUUUUGACAACGGGUUGAGCACUAAUUCUCUUUUCCUUGUGAACAGGAUGCUGUACAUGUACAUCUAAGCUUUUUAAAAUAUGUAAUAACAAUAUUACAUGUUUUAAAAAGCUGAGAUGUACAAUAAUAAGCAAUCAGAAUGACUUUGUCCAUUAAGCUACUGCAUUUGAAGGUUCAGGUUAUAUCCUACUGGUUCAGAAUCAUGGUUCCGUUACUGUAUUUAUAAUUUUUUUUUUGUGGGCUAUAUUGCAUACAAUUGAUAUUAUUCAUUAAUCAAGUACAUACUACUCUCACUCUCUUUCAUUCUUAUUUUAAUUUGAUACUCAAUAUGGGUGGACAGUCAAAAUCCAUCUUGAAUUUACUUAGUAUAUAGUUGUCACUUUUCUAUUUUUUAUUCAGAGACAUACAUUUAUUGAAAUUCCCAAUGACAUUCUGGACCUGAGUAGUCUCCUUCACAGCCGUUUUUAGUCUCGUCACGCAACGCUCCUUCCCACAAAAGUCUUUUUGCUGCAAUUUGAUUGGUUCAAUUUCAAACAAUGAUUGUGAUAAUUAUGAUUGGUCAAUCGCCUGUACCGACAAACAAAGGGAAAGGAAUGUGGUUCAAAAGAAAGUAGCCAUUUGUGGUGAUGCGUGACGAACCUAAAAACGGCUGCAAAGGAGACUAGGACCUGAGGGCCUUUAUUCACUUACCCCGAUCCUGCCCCUCAUAUUGUAAUAAGACAGUGGUCUUAAUCUUAUAAAAUAGUUGAAUUUAAUCCAACUUGAUUACUAGCGAUUGUAUGUCUACAUAGGCAUAUCAUGACAGUGGUGGAUCCAGGAGAGGGGCCCAGGUGGCCAACCCCCACCCCUUUUUUUCGACCAAAAUGAGGCCCAAAGGGCCAAAACAUUUUUGUUUUGAGACCCCCCCCGCUUCCCUAUCUGAAGUUCUGGAUCUACCACUGCAUGAGCAACAACCUCAGGGCCAAAGCACAAAUAUUUAUUAAUUACUUGAAGCUUAAAUAUAAGGGUACCAUGAAAGAUUCAACUGAUCAACCUUUUUUUUCUAUUAGACUCUCAAAAGAUUACAAGUAUUCAGUAGUAUAACCUUGUUAGAAUUGAUGGUUGACACAAAUUUUGAAAUACGGUAGAGCUCUGUUAACUUGAACUCUGAAGGGACACGAAAAACAGUUUGAGUGAUUGAGGGUUCGAGUUGACGGGGUGGAUUGCAAAAUUCAAAAUUGAUAGUUAUAACUAUCACUAUCAAUUUUUGAUAACUGACUUUUCAGCUCUUCAGUGUAUAGUGCAGUGCAAAUUUAACUUAUUUCAUCAGAAAUGGUAACAUGCCUUUAGGCAUUUUUGUGAUAAAACGUGAUCUGUUCGUUACUCCAGUGUUAGUCUUAGUGUUUUUACCAGUUAUACAAAAAGGGCUAGAAGAGCUAAUGGGAUGGCAUCCGAGUAGAGUUGCAAGAUCUAGAUUUCAAGUUAUCGGGGUAAAUUUCAGUGAAGUUUUGUUAGGGAAAUGAAAUUUAGUUUGAGUUAGCAGGAAGUUCGAGUUAUCCGAGUUUGAGUUAUCAGGGUUCUACUGUAUUAGGAAUUUUGCCGUAGGCCUUAAAUACCAUUACAUACCAGUACAGUAUACAUCACACCAUGUUACAUAAUACAGAUUCCAGAAUCCAGAAAAUUUCAUUUCUGGGAUCCGGAAUCCCUCUGCUUUAGAAUCUGGGAUUCUGCUCAAGGAAUCCAGAAUCCAAGUUCCACCGACAAGGACACAAAUCCAGAAUCCAGUACCCCAGAAUCCACAGCGUGGAGUUCAGAAUUCAAGCCUGUCUUGGAUUGCCUUAAAUGUAAAUUGUAUGGAUAAGGGUCGGGGAAAUAAUAAAUUAUUAAUAAUAUUGUUGAAUUGAUAUCAAGACUUAAACCUUUGACUCAACAUUACUUUGACAGUGCUGUUGCUGGGGCUCUUACGAAUAAUUAUGUAGAAAAACUAUUCUGUUAUUUAUUUAUUUUGGGGACUAUACAACGUAGACAACCGCAGAUCAAAACAAGGGGAUUACUAGUCAGAGUUACAGGUCACGUAUAUUAUAAACUGUAAUAACGAAUCAGAUAAAUCUGUUAUUCUAUACGUUUUGUACUCUCAACUGAAUUUAUCAAUGUAGCUGCUAAGAGUUUCAAGGGUGAGUGAGUUAAGUAUUAGUUAGGGGCCAACCAUUUAACUUUUGAGAAGUACUGUAGGGGCGAGGUGAGCGUUAACUAUAGGCAAAAUUUUUUUCACGUCCAAAUAUAACACUGUUAGCUUAUUGUAUGACUUGUUUUCAUUCCAGGUCUCAUAAUAUAUUUUUAAAAGGUCACCCAACCCCUACUCUGGAUCCAGAGGUCCAUUCUCUAAAUACCAGGCUAAGUAGGAUAACCAUGAACUAUCAGUAAUGAGGCAAGGAAAAAUCAAUCUGUGGCACCAGCAUAGUGAGAGUACCCAUCCCCACCCCCUCAAAGUUAAAUGGUCAGUUUUUCAGAAUGUGCCCUGUUAAUUAGUGACAAAAAUCUCCUUAGUUAUCUUAAAAAAAUUAUCUUUGCUUAAUUAGGCUUCAAGGUCAAGAAAAUAAUAGAAAAUUAUAGGGAAUCAUGACCAAAAAUAAAAUCUUGAUUUGUAAAGAAAUCAGUGCCAUAAGAAAUUAUGAGGAUCAGGACUAAAAGAGUUAAAAAAGAAAUUAUUUCUGUAUCAGUAAUACAUGUUAGAUGCUUUUCCCGUGGAAGGAGUUGAAAGUUAUGAUGGGCAGGUGAUGUCUGACAAGCUUUACUUUUAAAAGGAAGUAACAUGACCUAGCAGACUUAAGGGUUUUUGUGAGGGAUAGGAGGACAUAAAACCAUUGGAAAUGACAGUUGUGGGGAUCUUCUCUAGAAUGCAUCAAAUGAUUGUUUUGUGGGAAGAAAACUUAACUCCACAGAAUUCUGAUUUCUCAAAUCCUCAGUUUGUUGCAACUCUCUAUGAUAAUUAUUUCAACCCAAACUGAUGUCAGUUCAACAAAACUUCAGCCAGCGUGAUUUACAAGUGUGGCUAUUAUUUUUGUCCAGUCUCUAAAACAAUUAAUGGCCAAACUUGUGAUUUUUAAUUAAGGUUUAUUGAAUUAACCCGUUUCCUUUUCCAAGUCAAACUCUGUAAUUUUACACCCAAUAUAAUGAAUGUCGUUAUGAAACUCCAUGAAUCAACUCUCCAUGAAUCCCUCUGAGGUUCCGAAAAUCAGAAUUCUGCUUUACUUACCAAAGGAUAAUUAUGAAGAAACAUUAGUUGCACAUUUAACAUAAUGACUAAUUAUUGAAGUUCAUGUGGAAAAUAUAAGAUUCAAAGAAUAUUUCACUACAACCUAGAAUUUUGAUAGCAACAAUCUUUGUGACUGAGACA